ACGCUCCUGAAGUACUCGAUGCCCGCCAUCGGGAAGGUGCCGGAAAUUGUCCAGUACAUUUACCACAAUUUACACAGCAUCUCUGAGACCAUGGCCCAGGACACCAUGAAGCAGGUCCUUCACCUGCUGGCACAGGCCUACAUGGAUGAGGUCAUCGUGACCUUGUUUAAGCUGCAGGACCAGUCCCAAAGGGGGGUUCGCAAGCCCUGGGGGAUCCUGGCAUCCUGUCCCCAAGGCUACCAAACAAUCCUGGAGCACCUGCUGCAGAGGCUGACGCUACACCAGCAAGCAAGGAGCCCGGAGCCCGGCCACAGAGGGGAGAUCUCUGCGCUGAUCGCCACCAGGGCCAUCCACGAGCUCCUGCUGGAGCCCAGUCGGCGUAUGGAGGUGCAGACCUUGUUCCCGCCGCUGCUCAUGGCCCUGCUGUUCCACACCUCCUUCCUGGUGGUGGACGGGGACGCUGCCAGUGUCCAGGAACACCAGCAUGUACCCGAAUGGAUGGACCCCGUGAGCUCCACCGUGGAGGCCCUGAAAACCUUGAUGCAAAGCACUGGGUAUGGGGACCACGUGUCCUACGUCCAGAAACUCGGGGGCUGGGAGCUGCUCACCAGUCCUGACAGACACUAUGAGGGGGUCACACUGCUGGCCAGGGCCAUGGUCACCAAGAACUGCUGGCACAACCGCCCUGUCUUCAGCUUUGUCGUCAGCAUCCUCCAGGGACUGGACUACAUGAACCACCUCACGGCCCUCAUGUUCCUGGCCGAGCUGCUUCGGUGCCCAAAUGUGGCUGCCAUCGUGGACGAUGCCACCGUCCGCAUCCUGGCCGAAGGGUUCCAGGGCGAGGACCCCGCCACGGUGAAGUCAUUGCUGCAGGUGGUGGAGACCUUCGCAAAGCAUGGGAACAUGGCCAGGCAGCUCCGCCUCCUCCAGCCCUUCGUGCUGAAAUGCUGCUACUCCUUGGACGGUGACAUCGUGACCAGGACGUUCCUGGUGCUGCAGUGUCUGGUGGAGCACCUCACCUGGCAGCAGUCCUCCUCCUUCCUGGUCCAGCUCACCUUCAUGCUCGGGCACUUCUUCGAGGAGGAGUCAGAACACCUGCGCUCAGCUGCCUUCGCGAUCUACACGACCCUCCUAGCCAAGGUCAAGAGGAGGCUUCUCAUCUUCCCCUUGAAGCACCAGGUCCUCAGCUGGCUCAUCCUCAUUGUGCUGCACCUGCAGGACAGGGACACCGGCGUGGCUCAGAACUGCCGGCAAGCCCUGUGCCACAAGGCCACCAUCCUGGGCUGGUCCAGGCUCAAAGCCGUCUUUGCCGAGAAGGACAUGUGGACCAUCCUCAGGGCCCUGGUGAGCAGCAGCCGCCUCACCUGGCCGGGAGGGCGGGCACCCGGCGGCCCAGUGGGCGUCUUCCUGCAGCUUCUGGGGCUUGGCCUAACCUGGCGCCUCGUCCCACAGCUGGAGAAGGAGGCUGGGAAAGCGCUGUGGUUCCUGAAGCAGAGUGUGCUCCUCUUCAAGAGCCCACAGGCCCCCAUCCGCCAGGCGGCCGUGUGGUUUGCAGGCCAGAUCAUCCAAACCCUGGACGUGGAUGAGGCCAGUGAAAUCGAGGAGGCACACACAGCCCUGUGGUCCAUGAGGGACGACCCCGACCCUAUGGUCAGCUGCCUCGCCACGCAGACACUGCACGUCGUGGAAGCCAAACAGAAGCUGAGGGUUGGAACCCAGACAUCUUGCUUCUGCCUCAGGAGGCCUUGACAGAGUGACCGCCACGGCUGGGA